GCAGUAUUUUUCUGCUUAAAACUGUUUAAAAAAUGUACAUUGUGGUAAAUUAUGACAACAAAAUUGCACAAAAAAAGUUUAAUAUAAUAUUUUUGCAUGUAGCUACAGCUUCUAUCACUUGGUCUCUAAACGUGUUGCUGUAACAUUCUUGUACAAUUAUUGUGCAUUUGUUAUUUAAAAGACUUUGACAUGUUUAUGAUGAGUUAUCGUUAAAGUCUCUCCACUGGAGAGGUUACUGUAACUCUGUGUGCUGCUGGCAGCUCCUCCCAUCCCGCUAUAAGAGCCCAGCUGACCAGGUAGUCAGCGUCCAUCCCUAAAAUAGGCCAGUCGAAACUGACUUUAUGAAAAGUCGGUCAGCUUUGUUAAAAACGUAUGUUUCUUCACAGGUGGCUUCAUGCAGCCUUGUGUGCCAUAUUGAGAUGUAGGAUUGCUCCCCGAGUUUGUUUUCGGUCUCAUUUAUCAGAGGAUUUGGAGCCUUAAAGAUGACUUUCGCCAUGCUGCGGCCUGUGGCGACACACUUGAUCUACUCAGACUUCACUAUCACAUCCGAGGAUGAUGAAAACCGCAGCGAAAGCGACGGCAGCUCGGAGCAGAGCUACUGUGGCUCCACCGAAAAACGACGAAGGAUCUCGCGCAAACUAGAAGGAGAGUCCGCGGUGGUGGUGAAACAGAGGAGCGCAGCUAACGCCAGGGAGAGAGGAAGGACCCAGAGCGUCAACACCGCCUUCACAGCUCUCCGGACUCUCAUACCCACCGAGCCAGUGGACAGAAAGCUCUCCAAGAUUGAAACUCUUCGACUUGCAUCUAGCUACAUUUCCCAUCUGGCCAACGUGCUUCUGCUGGGAGACGGCGGCGCUGAUGGACAGCCCUGCCUCGGCGCGGUUCAUGCGCAAGGAGAGAGCGGGGCGCAGCAGCCACGGACCAUCUGCACCUUCUGUUUGAGCAACCAGAGAAAAGGGAUAAAGGAUGGCAAAGACUGUUUCAAAAUGCGAGGGCUGGGUCCACUGCGAAUGAGACGCUGACUGAAGACCAGUGAAUGAUUAGCAACCUGAAAAUCCUCAAAGACUUUCUCAGGGAAGAGUCAAAGCUGGUGUUACAUAUCACACACACACACACACACACACACACACACACACACACACAUGCUGGAUCAAAUGAUGGAACCAAAGAAGAGACUAUUUAUACUUGACUGAAAAAAUUUAAAGCAUAAGCCUUUCAAAGAUGCGGUGCAUUUGUUUGAAACUUAUGAGUUUUUGUCCUUUUUUUUUAUUACCCCGGAAGGUUUAAAUAAAAUAUAUUUUAUCAAAA